AUGCCCCCCGUAAAAUUCACGGAUAGAGUCAAGCAAAAGCUGAAGAGCCGCGGCUCCAGUUCCAAGAAGGUCAUAGUUCCGAAUGAUACCAACCUGUCCCAAGCGGGCCAAAUCACCAGCGCAGCUACCCAUACAUCUAACAGAUCAUUGGGCCCAAAGUCUUCUCCUGCUGGAAACCAACCCGUGCCAGUUCUGCCCGGCAAAUUAUGCAAUGUGCCACCUGUGGGCCAGCCCAUUCGAGAACUUUGGCAUGUCGCAUACGAGGAACUACGGAAUGCUGAAAAGGAGUUGGUACAAAAGUUUGAGGAGAAAGUAUCCGCUAGUCUUCCCACGGGGUUGGCAUCGACUGCUGGUUUCAAUGACCAAAAGAGAGAACAGAUGAACACUAUAGUCAGGCGUAAAAUCGAAGAGGUGGACAGGGAAGCUUGGAGAAUCAAGUUCGGGUCUAGCGACGUUCUCGUCAAAGACCUAUUAGCUUCAUGCGUGGGCAUCGUGACCUUUCUCAAAAAGUCCCUCGACCCUGUCCUUGACGCAAACCCCUAUACCUCAAUCGCUUGGAUGGGUGUCGGGUUGUUGUUACCGCUACUCUUGAACCCUUCAGAGCAGGCCACGUCUCUCGGCAAAGGACUGGAGUACAUUGCAACUCUCGUCGCACAGAGCCGAAUGAGAGAGGAUCUUUAUCUCCGGCGCUACGAGUCGAAGACCAAUGAUGGUAAAUUAUCCCAGCUAUCACAUGACGAGUACAAGAAUGCCCUGAAGAUGCUAUACCGAAGCAUUCUCAAGUUUCAGAUGGAGAUCUACUGCUAUUUUGUCAGCAAUUCAGCAUCUCGUCUGGGAAAGGACACUGUCAAAUGGAACGACUGGGAGAGUUUGCUUAACGAAAUUCACAGGCAAGAAGAGACGUUCGAACAUAUCAAUAAACUGUGGAAGGAUGCAAUGUACGACGAAGAAUGCGCGAAGGCGGAAGAGCGUCAUCAAGAAAACAAAGGCCGAUGGGACAUCAUUGGGGAGGACGUCUCUGGGCUGCGCAGAGCCAUUGAGCUUGCUCAGGAAGAAAAGAAGCGCGAUGAGCUCCUAAAAUGGCUAUCCGACGUUGAUAAUUCGGAAGGUUACAAUGUGAGUCGGAAAAUGCAUGAAGCUGGUACGAGCGAAUGGCUGGUAAGCGAUUCCAUAGAGUUUACGCAUUGGGAGGAAACUCCUCGCUCGUUUCUCUGGCUUCAUGGAAAAGCCGGCUCGGGAAAAUCGGUUCUUAGCUCAUCCGUCAUCAGUCACUUUAAAGAACGAUAUAACGACGACCCGAAUGGGGCUGUGGCCUACUUCUUCUUCAGCUUCAACGACAAAAGGAAGCAGAAUGUGGACGAGAUGCUAGCAUCUCUUAUCAGACAGCUCUGCACUCGACGACCAAACACCCCUAAAGCUGUGGAACGUUGCCGCGAGUACAUGGAAAAAGGCGAACGCCCAGACACCACAACUCUUCAAGCCGCACUACUGAGUGCGAUACAAGGCUUCUCGGCAACAUACUUUAUCAUCGACGCCCUAGACGAGUGUCCGACUGUCAGUGGGGGGCGGAGAAACCUUCUCGACUCCCUCCACUAUCUUAUCAGGUCGGCGCCUGACGACCUUCAUAUUUUCUGCACCAGCAGGAAGGAGGCGGACAUUGCAACAUCUUUAAGAACCCUCGUGUCCUCGCCAGUAGGAGCUCAAAUCGACUUGGUAAUUCAACGAAAGGCCGUUGACGUGGACAUUGGUCUGUAUAUUGACUCAAUGUUCGCACGGUCCGAAUUCGAGUCGUGGAACCUGUUCCCCGAGGAGAAGGGCAAGGCCAGAGAGAAGCUGGUUGAAAAGGCAGAUGGAAUGUUUCUCUACGUUCACUACCAGGUCGAGAAACUCGCCAAGUGUGUCUCGGUCGCCCAAGUUACAAAAGUCCUCGAUAAUCUCCCACCUGGCCUCGACGGCAUCUUCAAUAGAAUCCUGGAAGGCAUUGACCCAGACAUGCAACCGCAGGUGCACAGUGCCUUGAUGUGGCUCGCCUUUUCCACCAGACCUUUACUCCUGGAGGAACUCGCCGAAAUAUUCGUCAUUCGCACGGAACGCGCUGUACCGGAACUCGAAGUUGACGCGCGUCCCUUUCACCCCAGAGAUGCUCUCAAAUGCUUCUCCAGCCUCAUACUGGAAGAAAUGAUUUAUGAUCCGCGGCGCGGAGAAGUUGGAUUUACAUAUCACGGUGUCAAUGUCGUCCGCCUCUUCCACUUCUCCAUCAAGGAAUAUUUGACUUCAGACCGCAUCAAUAAUGGGCCAGCUGCGCGUUUCGGCUUCUCCGAGGUCAAAGCACAAAAACAUAUUGCUCACUCAUGCCUUGCUUACCAUCUCUAUUGCGUCGAGGAGGCGACUGUCCUUUCUAAUACUCAAACGGAGGACGCCUUCUGGUUGAAAGGAUAUGCAGGGCGGCACUGGAUAACUCAUCUUGAGAUGGUCCCAAAGACACACUGGCCGUGCGCGGUUCCUCUUGCAGCAACCCGUGCACUAACUCCACGCAGCAGAAGCCUGCUAAUCAUGCUCCAAAUGUCUAACAAUGCCAUUUCAGACCAAUCUUGGGGGCCCAUUCCGGUAUCUAUGCUGCACCGGCCGUGGUGUUUUACCGCUCGGCUAGGCCACCUACAGCUCACCCAGAUGCUACUCGAUACAGCAAGAAACGAGUAUUUGACACAGGAAGACCUGGAUGCGGCUCUGCAUGAAUCUGCAUAUGGUGGACACACUGAUAUUGUAAAGUUUAUGCUGAAAAUGGGCGCCAGUGCCAACUCCGAGGCAGCGUGGUUUGGAACUGCGCUUCAUGCAGCGGCAGCAAGAGGACAUCCAAGGGUUAUAGAUGCACUCCUACAAGACGGGGCAUCCAUUGACGCGUACGGGAAGAAUGGGGUGUCUGCCCUGCAGCUAGCAGUCGAACACAAGCAAUACGCUGCCGUCAAGCGCCUUGUCGCUCGUGGGGCGAACAUCAACCUUCCCGCCGCAGAAGGGCAGCCCUGCAUCCUGACACAGGCCGACAGCUUUCUACUGCCAUACUUGCUCGACCAUGGCGCCAACAUUGAUAUGCAAGAUAACAGAUAUGGGACACCAUUACACCGCUUAGUCGAAAGUGAAUAUUAUGAUCGAAUGAUGAUCGAGAUGUUGUUGAAAAGAGGUGCCAACGUCAACGCAAAAGGAGGCGCUUACGGAUAUGCCCUUCAAGCUGCAUGCUCCACAGGAAACAAUGUCGCCAUCGUAAGGCUCCUACUUGACGCAGGAGCUGAUAUCAAUGCGGUGGGAGGAAACUUUGGCACAGCUCUGCAGAGGGCCUGCUUCACUGAAACGAAAAGUGACAUUGUUGACCUGCUGUUGAAUCGAGGGGCAGAUGUCAAUAUAUCUGGAGGCACAUAUGGCAGUCCCUUGAUUGCAGCUUGCAUCUGCGGACAUUGGGUUGAAAACUUCCGACGGGUCCGUCGAUCCCCCAAACGCGAGACUCCAAGAAACAACAUUGAAACGAUACGCAAGCUGAUUAGCCUUGGGGCUGACGUGAAUUACCAGGGAGGCUUCCAUGGGAACGCACUUCAGGCAGCCGCUGCCAAUUGCAGAGCUGAUGUGGUUCGUUUUCUGCUUUUAGAGGGUGCUGAUGUGAAUAUUGUCGGCGGGGAAUAUGGGACAGCGCUUCAAGCCGCCGCGGCAAGCGACUCCAAAGAGAUCGUUUCGAUGCUGCUGAUGCACAGUGCAGACGUUCAUCUCAUAGGCGGCAAGUUUGGGACUGCGCUUCGGGCUGGCGCUUCUCGUUCAUCCAAAGACAUAGUCUCUCUUCUACUCAUCCAUGGCGCUAAGGUCAAUACCACAGGCGGAAACCAUGGAACCGCACUCCAUCUGGCCGCUACCACCCCGGGAUCACAGAAGGACCCCUCAGCCGACAUUGCACGCAUGUUACUCGAUCGUGGCGCCGAUGUGAGUGCCCAAGACUCCUUUCUCGGAACCCCCCUUCAUGUAGCCGCCUCCACUAAAUACAAGGCCAUGGUGUCACUUUUGCUCGAGCGCGGCGGCGAUGUCAACGCCAAAGGUGGCAGAUUCUGGACUACGCUCCAAGCUGCUGUUCAACACGAGGCUACAGAUCCCGCAGAUAGGGCUGAUAUCGUGCAUAUGCUGCUUGAUCAUGGUGUUGAGAUCAACGCUAGAGGCGGAGAAUAUGACACAGCACUUCAAGCGUCCUGCACGACACAGAACGUUGACAUCCCGCGUCUCCUGAUUCAGCACGGCGCUGAUGUUCACGUUAGUGGGGGGAAGUACGGCAGUGCCUGGCACGCCGCUACACAUUCACAUUCACAGUCUAUAGAUACUGUUCAGCUACUAAUUGAGCAUGGUGCUAACGUGAACGACGCUGGGGGCGAACCCUACGCUACCGCCCUCUACGCGGUACUUGCGAGCGACCCAGGGCGUGUGACUGAAAUAUACAGUUUUCUUCUCAAGAACCGCGUUAACGUCAACACGAAGGCUGGUCCACAUGGGUCCGCGCUUCAUUUCGCUUUGUGCGAAUGGGCUGACGGUAGAUGGGCGAGAAGACUGCUUGAGGACUUUCCUGACAUCAAUGUCAAUGCACAAGGCGGGCGGUUUGGGAAUGCUCUGCAGGCAGCGGCCUACAAGGGAUUGAGAGAUGUGGUAGAGCUUCUCCUAGACCGCGGUGCCGACGCAAAACUCCGAGGUGGUAAAUAUUACAGUGCUCUUAAUGCUGCCGUCGUCAAGGGUUUUUGGGAUAUUGUCGAGAUUCUACUCGACCACGGGGCUGAACCAGACAACAUCUUCCAGCAGGACCCUGACGAAGCGUGGCUUCGUGUUGUACUCGACGAUGAUGGUCGCGGCGCGGUCGAACGUUACAGGGGAUUUUGGGAGAGGGAGGAUGCAGGAAAGCGGCCGGAAAAGAGAAUAAGCCGUGAGAAAUACUGUGGCGAUUUGGAGGAAUCAACAUGGAGGUUGGAUGAACCAGACUUGGGUUCUGACUGGGGUUCUGACUGGUUUUCUGACUGA